AUGUCGGCCACAUUGAGAUCACGGUUCGCUGUGGUUUGUAUCGUUGUCGUUGGAUGCUGGGUCGUUACCGAAAGCCACACGACGGAUGCAGGUUGGGAACAUACUCGAUUUGGUAGCGGCGGGCGACAUCUCCAACGCCACGCUUGGAUUUUUUAUUCCGAUGCUGAUCGCACCGUGAGUGAUAACCACCUCAAAGCAGAAGUUGAAGAGCAAUCGACGGGAAACAAGGCGCCGCUCGGUACCGCCGUCUCUGUCAUUCUUGAACAGCAGGAUGCCAUCCCGCCAAUCGACGCCCCUGCUUCCAACCCACCAAGGCUCACGACUACGCCAGACACGAGCGGAGGUCGAGUUUCAGAAAAGUACAUUCCUGAAACAGUUUCCGGUACCGAAAGGAAACGAAACGCCAUCCUGAUCGGCUGUUUAGUCGGCGUCGGGAGCUUGUUGGUCUACUAUUCGAUUGUGAUUAGUGUCUAUUGCUUCUACCGUAAGUUUGUGCAUAAGCCAGGUGAAACGAAGGUGAAGGCGAAUGCCAUCAAGGCGUUAUCAACUUCCGUCACGCAACGCGACGAGACGGAAUCCGACGACAAUUCCGCGCCUUGGGCUUCCCGUGAACCAGGCAAGCACACCAUACGUUCCGUCCCACGAGAGUCUAGAAUGCGCUCGCAGUCUCUUACAAAAGAUGACAUCAAACGCGCUCACGGGGACCACGUUCGAAUAAAUUUGGAGGAAAAGCAAGGAGAUGACGGGCAAUACAACGAGCACGAAAACGAUUCCGACAAUUCGUCUUUUGUCGCUUACUUGCAGUCUCUGGAAGAGGCAACCGCUGAGCUUUACGGGAGAGUGGACGUCACGGGCGAUACCCAAUCAGGUGCAGUUGAUUCCCGGCGUUCCUCUCGAAAAAGCAAAGACUCACCUCGUCAGCAUACCGCAACGCACGCCAAAAGCAACGUGCGAAUACAAAAAGACAGGGACGGUCGAUCCUCCGUUUCCGAGCAAUAUUGUACGGGACAGAAACGACUUUCCCGGUCGACCGCGGUCGUCACACCGGGGAAGGCUGCAUACGUGGAAACGACCAAGCCUGCGUUUGUUCAAUUUAUCAGGUCCGACACGUACGACGAAGAAUGGGCCAAGUGUUUGGAAUCACCCAGAAUUUCGUAG